UUAUGGCUCAGCUCAUUUUUAACAUCGACCAUCCUCCCGCUCGACGUCGCCCGACUGACGCUACUACUGGCAGCAUUAUUAUCGUCCUUGGCCGCUGCAGAAUCUCAAACCUCCUUCGCCACAAAGAAGCUGUUUACGAUGAAGAAAGAAAAGCUGACCCACCUCCACUUCUACUGGUCAAACUUCCAACGUGCGCCCACGGCCGUGAGCGUCGCCCCGAUCCUCAACAACGCGACUUUCUACGGCGCCGUGACCAUCAACGACGAUACGCUGACGUUGGGCCCUGACCCAGAUAAUUCGACGUCCGUGGGGAAAGCCCGUGGGCUUUACCAUUUCCCUUCGAACACGACCAGCUUCGUCUACGAGAUGAUAUACAGCUUCGCCUUCACUUACGGAGACUACAACGGCAGCUCACUCUCCCUUCUGGGUUCCGUCUUCCCGUCACUGUCGGGAACCGCCAGCGAGCUCACGGUCGCCGGCGGCACGGGCGUGUUCCGCUUCGCACGUGGAUACGCCGUCCUGAAAUUCGCCUCGGGUGAUCCGAAACGCAGCUUGCUCGUCAACGAGCUUGACGUCUACGUUUCCCAUUACUAG